AUGACGAUCCCACAGCCAGAGGAUAUCCAAAGCCACCGGACGCGGAACGGCGGGGCAGGGGCUGCCCUACUCGCGACAGACGAGUGUACAGGCUGCGCCUUUACGAUCGAUCUGAGCUGUCCGCACCACUUUGAGAAGCGUUCGGGCUACUACCAUCGCCUGGCGGACUGCCUGCUGCCGAGCUACGGGUUGCUGGACAUGGCGAGGAAGGCAAAGGGGACUGUCUGCAUCCUGACCUACUCCCUCCGACCCAACAUGAUGCCAUUUCUCGAGGCCUUGAUCCCAGACAUGCUGGAAAAAGGUGCUCGUUUCAUCGACUACGCGAAGCCUUGCGCGGACUCCUUGAUAGCGCACGCGGUGGACCCGAAUGUGACCGAUCAGGUCGAGAAGUAUUACAUGAACGAGUUUCCUAGACUCAAGAACAUCACGGGUCGAUACCCGAUCGAUUGGGCGGCAAAUGUGCGCGCGAUGCAUCGCGAUGUCGCCAAGGUCGUGCCUUCGCCCGACAAAGCUCAGCUUGUCUUGUUGGAUCGCCAGAAUUCUGCAUCUCGCGUCAUGUAUCCGCCGGCGCAUACGGCCUUGAAGAACAUUCUGAAGGACAUCGCGGGCGCUGAGAAAACUGUCACGGACACCCUGAGAAUAUUUACGAACGCCGUGGGCACCAUCGGUUAUCAUGGGGCGGCUUUCGUCAAUUCCCUCUUUACCACGGUACCGAGCUGCGUAAUGGAAUUCACCACGUAUUUGAAUGAUGCGAGUACGAAGGAGUGGCGAACUAAUCAGGCCCUCGCGAUCGAGAACAGGUUCCUGUCCUGGCACAAACUUCACAUCAACCUCAGCACCCUACUGACCGUGAACGGCCUGAAGGCGCCGUGGUUCCAGGACAAGAGGCGGGACAAGUGGAUCAAGCACUUCCACUUCGUGAACCUCCUGGACUCCGAUCUGGCGGCUCUGGAUGGGGACCUCAGGGCGUGCCUGAAGGACCUGCUGGAGGCCCGCAGGUGGUACGAGCGGUCCGCCGACCAGGGCAACCCGGACGGUCAGUACAACUUGGCCUUGGUUUUCGCGCAGGGCUUGGGAGGCUGCCACAAGGACGCCGCUCGCGCCCGGGAGCUCUGCGAGCAGGCCGCCGCUCAGGGCCAGCGGCAGGCGGAGGCCCUGCUGCGGUCGUUGCAGGCGCACGGCGCCGAGGCGGCCGCGACGGACGGCCGCGGCGCCCCGGGCGACGGGGACGACGCCGCCGGGGCCGCGCGCGGCCCGGGAGGCCUUGCGAGGCCAGAGCCAGACGCCCCUGGCGGCGCUGCGUGCGGCGGCGCGGAGGGGGCCCCGCGGGCGGUGCGGUUCGGCGCGGAGGAGCCCCUCGAGGUGGGCGCAGGCCGCGGCCGCUGGCGCGGCACCGAAGCGCAGGCGCUCUUCCCCAAGCCCGGCGGGGCCGGCGGCGGCCUCCGCAGGCUCCGCCGCCUCCGGGGCCUCGCCGCCGAGGCCGAGGUCGCGGGCAUUCUCCGCGAAGCCCAGACCUCGCUGCCGUUCGGCACCGACGGCGAUGCCGUGGACGGCUGGCCGACGUACGAGUGCUGCGUGGUGCAGGCUGGCCAGUACGUGCACGCAGUGUUGGAGCCGAUACUCCGUCCCAUCAUCGAGGACCGCUUGCUGCCCUACGUCAGGGAGCGGUUCGGCGCACCCAACGCAGCGGUGUGCACAGUCUUGGUGCGGCGGUACCUCCCGGACGAGCGGCGCUCGCGCCCAGCGCGCGCCGAGAGCCGCUUCUUCUGCUCCGCCGAGCUGGGCCUGAACGUCGGCGAGUUCACGGGAGGCCUCUACGUGCAGCCGCGCCCGGGCGCGGAGGGGCGGGAGUUCGUGGAGCUCGGCCGGGGCGACUUGGCAGUGCUCGGCGCGAAGAAACCUCGGCGGCGCGAUCGAGAUGGGCACGGAGAGGAUGGGGAUUGAGGUAACUACGUGUUCGGUCGUUUUCGUCGGUUCCUGGAGGUUGUCCGCCUUCGGAGUGCGCUCCAGCAGCUGCGCCUCGCCAAGAGCGUUCCAGGUUGUCCCAGUCGUUCCGAAUGGCAGCGGGAGACCCGAGGUAUGACCCGCACGCCGACUGACCCUCGGCCAGAGUGACCUUCUGGUGCGCGGCUUUCGGGGAACGGGGGGAGGCAAUCUUUAGCGUCGGACGGAAAAAACGAGGACGAAGACCGAC